AUGAGCUACCACGAGAUGGCCGAGGCUCUCGACCUCGGCCUAGACGACGGUGAGGACUACGUCACCGAGGUCAACGAUCCGCCGGAGGUGGACUUCAGGACGCUGUACACCCGCCUGGCUCGGCCAGGCCAGACACGUCCCUUCUCGGCCGGGAGGACGAAGGCCACUACCCUGCAGCUCGACAACCGCCUUCUCCACCACCUGCUGGCGAAGUGUUAUACUCCAGCUUCAGACAGUGCCAGCGCCAUCACCAAGAGGGCCAUGUACCUCAUCCAGUCGAUCCGCCAGCACGACCAUCCCCUCCACUUGGGUUCGGUGGUGGCCAGGACCUUCGAGAAGACUGCUUCAGAACUGAAGAGCCUCCACUGCACCCCCCUCAUCACCCGCCUGGCCACCUACUUCGGCCUUUCACUGUAG